AUGGCGCCUCAAAAACAUGUCGCAGAGGUGCCUCGGACUAUCCUACCUCGCCUCACAUGGAACAGCUCAUCGUCUCGACCACAUGUUUCCUACCACCACCAACCAGCGCUUGCGACCAGGCAACGGCAGCAACAUCUUUUGACCUGGAGUCCUCUUCAUCAACAGAUCCCCUCGAUAACCGCAUCAUCCCAGUCACCAAGGGCCUACUCUACAUCCAUCCGAGACUCUCGCUUUGCUUCUACCCUUGUUCAGCGAACUUUCCCUGUUGCGACACGCCCGUCACCUGAAUCCCUCGGCAACCCCAUUCGUCAUAAUGGAGUCUAUGUCGCAACAUUCAAGCCUGCCCAGCGCGCUUUCCAUGCGACGCCGAUCCGCCCUCGUGAUCACCAUUUUGAUACCUUGAAGUUUGUGAAGCGGCUACAGGCCGAGGGGUUCAGCGAGGAACAGGCUGUGGCCAUGAUGCGGGUAUUGAACGAUAUUAUUCAGGAGUCCAUUCAAAAUUUGACAAGGACCAUGGUGCUUCGAGAAGAUUCAGAGAGAUCGACCUACACCCAAAAGGUCGACUUCGCCAAACUACGCUCUGAACUAGUGAACGCCGAUUCAACAGAAGCUCAGCUUACUCGCUCAUCCCACGAGAAGAUUUCUGCCGAUCUGGCCAAGCUUAACUCACGCCUGCGAGAUGAAAUUGGUCGAACACAAGCGUCGGUUCGUCUAGACCUGAAUCUGGAAAAGGGCCGGAUUCGCGAGGAGGCCAACGGCCAAGAGAUGAGGAUCAAGGAGACCGAAACACGGAUUGAGCAGGAAGUGGCAGGUUUAAGGGAACGAGUUGAAGCUGUCAAAUUCUCCACUCUCCAGUGGCUUAUGGGUGUCUGCACUGGUACUGCCGCUUUGAUUCUUGGUGCUUGGCGUCUGUUUAUGUAA